UCAAAAUACGUCCUGUAUUCGUCUCUGUGCACCGACACAUUACGAUUGCUGCACACAAAGUGGAGUAGGAGGGCGAAAUAUAAGAUACUAGCAGUCUACUACAUCGUGAUUUCAUUUCCUAAAUUGAUAUUCUCUAAUCAAAAGAGGAGGCACUUUCUGUUUAACCAUAUUUUCGCUUGUUUUUUUAAUCAAAAGAAGUGAUCGAAUAGUCCUUCAACACCCUGCGGCUCUUGAGGACUUCAUACACAAUCACAAGACUUCAAGCACUCCAAAGUAAGCGCGUUUUCGAACAGAAAGAGGUGGAUUUAUGUUACAGGCUAUUGGAACCUCUCCCUCUGGAUGUAGUGAGUGUCGGUGGCUAUGUUGAGGCGAUGGACGCAGCAGUCUGGAGGAUGGCUAACGGUGGGGGAGCGGGACGCUGGUUGUGUGCCCUGCUCUGUGCCUGGCUGUGGGGUCCGUCUUGCGCCCUGUGCCCUGAGGGCUGCCAGUGUGCCUGGGAGAGCCGCACCGUGCUGUGCGUGGACGCAGGGCUCCGCGAGGUGCCCGAGGACCUGCCCGCAGACACCGUCUCGCUGCACCUGGAGCGCAACCUCAUCCGCCGGCUGCCCGAGCACGCCUUCAGCGACUUGCUGCACCUGCAGGACCUGCACCUGUCGCACAACCGCAUCGACAGCCUGGCGUCGGGCGCGCUGCGUCACCUGAGCCCUGAGCUGCGGCUGCUCGACCUCUCGCACAACCAGCUGCGGCAGGCCACGCGCGAGGAGUUUGGUGCCACGCGCGCCAAGACACGCCUCUACCACAACCCGUGGCACUGUGACUGCGUCUUACAGGAGCUUGUGCAGACGCUCAACCUGGAGCCCGAGACGGUCAACGGCAUCGUGUGCGAGAGCUCGGCGCGUAGCGCCGCCGGCGAGGGCAGCCGCUGGGAGGAGCCGGCCGCCGGCAGCCACGCCGGGCACCCGCUGGUCAAGCUGCUGGACGCGGGCAUCAACUUCUGCAGCAUGCAGCGCAAGACCACCGACGUGGCCAUGCUGGUCACCAUGUUCGUGUGGUUCUUCAUGGUCAUCGUGUACGUGGUGUACUACGUGCGGCAGAACCAGGCUGAGGCCCGCCGACACCUGGAGUACCUGAAGAGCCUGCCCAGUCCGAAGAAGGCCCCCACGGAAACAGACACGCUCAGUACAGGCUUCUGAGAGACACACGGUGUGUGUGUGUGUGUGUGUGUGUGUGUGUGUGUGUGUGUGUGUGUGUGUGUGUGUGUGUGUGUGUGGGACUAAUUGUUUAUCCCUGGAGGUCUGCCUUGGGGUGGAGGUCUGGAGGGGCAUUAUGUAGCAUAUACACUACCGCAGGGGAUAACUUGAAAACAGGAUUAAACUUUUAUGGUUUUGUGCUGUGGUAUUGGAAAAAAUAAAAACCAGAAGGGUUCCCUCUACCAUGCUAUUAAAAGUUGGACUUGACAGAGAUUUGUAGCUACUGAUUCUUACUGUCUGUUGAUAAGAAACUGGUUUGUUUACAAUUGUUUUUGUAGAUAUUCUGUCUUAUUGCAUUGCAUGUUGGUUAUUUUUAAGCUUUAUUAAGGGUAAUCUUCCAAAUAACCAGCAAGAUGAUCAAUAUGUACAGUAUGAAAUGCUGAUCAAGCGGAAAUGAAAAGGGAACACUUCCAUAUUAAUGACCUGAUGGCUAUAAAUGCUGAUUUGAGGUGCUCAUUUUCCCCACAUGAUAAUGGAAUAACCCACUCACGGCUACAGGAUCUGAAAUCACAUCCAGGUUAGACUGAUUAUGCUCUGGAGCUAUUUUUGUCCUUGAAUGUGUGGUGCAGAUGAAAUGGCCCCCUCGUUGGUCAUCGUCUGUUCAUCGUCUGAUCAUCUGUGUGUGCCAUUGGGAGUGAAUACUCUUAAGCAGGCACCUUACAAAAUUGUACUGUCUUGGGGGUAAGAGAAAUUAGUACCCAAUUUAGAACACAUUUAAUAAUUAAGCUCCAUAGUUAUAAAUUAAAUUGAUUUCUUUGUUCAUUUCUGUGUGGAUCUCAGUACAACCCCACCGGAGCUGUUAUAUAGAUCAUCCUAAACCAUCUUUCAACAACCUUGAAUGUCUGUUGUAAUGUAGGUGCUGAAUAAAAUAAUCAUGUU